AAGGACUACAGCUCCCGUCGGGCCGCGCGGGUGCGGCCGUGGGCGUGCUGCCGUACGGUGGCACCGCCGGUUUGGGAGAAGCGGGGGAGCGAUGUUUCGGUCUCGUAGUUGUCGAUGGUGACGGCCCAUUGUGGCGAUGUGUGUCUGUGAAAGUUCAACAGGGACCGCAGAGGGGGAAAACAAUCUGUGGAGCUCGGUAUAGCGGGGGCGCAGGGCGGCGCCGGGCGGCGGGUGCCCCGCAGCGCCAUGGAUAACAGGUGCUAUGGCUGCGCGUCCAAAUUCACGGUCUUCAAGAAAGAGUGCGGGUGUAAGAACUGCGGACGGGCAUUCUGCUCUGGCUGCCUUAGCUUCAGUGCUGUUGUUCCCCGCUGUGGAAACAGUCAGCAGAAGGUGUGCAAGCAAUGUCAUGGAAAGCUAACUGGAGAGGGAUCUCAAAGCAGUUCAGCAAAAUGGUCACCACCGGAGAACUACAAAAAGCGUGUAGCAGCUUUGGAGGCUAAGCAAAGCCAGCCGAAAGGGCAGCAGAAGGCAGCUGCGAAACCAGUGCAAGCAGGCUCCAGAUACCAGGGACUCUCGAAAGAGGAUGGAGCUAUUGCAGAGAGACUGGCGAGGCUCAGGGAGGAAAGGAAACCCAAGUCCAUCCCUUCUCAGGCUGAGAUUGAAGCUAGGCUGGCUGCACUAAAGGAAGACUGCCGGGGACCUGUUCCAUCCACGCAGGAAAUGGAGGACCGUUUGGCUGUCCUGCAAGGGAGAGGCCCUCCUUCCCAGGCUCCCAGACCAGUGCACCACCCCCCUGAUACCAGAAGCCUCGCCCAGCAGACAGAUGACCUGUUAACUCAGCUGGCUGAAGAAGUUGACAUUGAUGAGCGUUACAGUCCAGGAGUCCAGCCUCAAGCUGCUAGUGGCCAAACCUUGAAUGACCUCAAUCGAGAAAGCGAAGGUGAGAUUUGCCCUGCAAAUCUGGACCCAAAACAGCUAGAGGAAGAGAAGAAUAAACUUCUGGCAGAGGCUGCUUCCGAGCUGCGGGAAGAGAAUACUAGGCAGGAGAAGAUCCUACAAGUUGCCAAGAGAUUGGCAGCACUCAGAGGCCAGGACCCAGAGAAAGUUACUUUGGAAAAUUAUAAGCUCCCUGACAGCGAUGACGAAAUGGAUGAGGAGGAAGCCAUUCAGAGAGUGCUAAAACAGCUCACAGAGGAAGCAGCCCUGGAUGAAGCAAGUGGCUUUAAUAUUCCUCCAGAUCAGAACAGCCAACCAGGACCCUUGCAACAGAACCUACCUAAGAAAGCAAAGCAAAAGAGCCAGACUUCAGCCACCAUGGCUCUUGCCAACUCAGAUGAUAGUGAUGAGAAGGAGUUACCCUGGUGCUGUAUCUGCAAUGAAGAUGCCACUUUGCGCUGCCAUGGCUGUGAUGGGGACCUCUACUGCCAGCGCUGCUUUCGAGAAGGCCAUGAUGAGUUUGACCUGAAGGACCACCACACCUCCCGCUAUCGUCUUCCUUGCAAGCAGAAGUGAUCACACUCCUCAUGGGCAGGAAAGGAGGUGGAGAACUGGAGAAGAGAGGGAGUUGGCCAAAUGGGAAGAGUCAAAGUGGAUUUGCAGCCAAAACGAGUGAUGUCUUGGACAGUUGAAGGACAUGCUGUAAUCUGAGAGAGGCUUGGAGUGUGUGUAACUUUUUGUCCUCAGGAAAACAGCUAGAGGAGUGCUGGGUUUGCAGUGCAUGCAUGGGAUAGAUAAGGACUUGAUGCGAGGAGAUGGAUAUGAAUCUUCAAAUACAGAUAAUAAGGCAAUGUGGGUAGUAGUAAAGAUGUGUGUUUAAGGUGGUACUGGCUGACUGGUAAAUAACUCCCUGCUUUUGCUAACAGCUCACACAUUGGUUCAACAGGCAGCAAAGCACUUUGCACUAAGAAAACUGUCUACAUCUUGACCAUGUGUCUAAUGAGAAUUUCCAAAGCAUAAUAAAAUGUAUUUACAGAG